AUGGGCAUCUCAAUUGUCAAGCCCGCGGGCGUUCCUGGUAGAUCAUGGCCAGCAAUCGUCAUCGGUUGUUUCGUUGCAUUCGGUGGUCUUCUUUUUGGUUAUGAUACAGGUACUAUUGGUGGUAUUUUGGCCAUGGACUAUUGGCGAAACGAAUUCUCUACCGGUUAUAUCAAUCCGAAUGAUAAACAUCUCGAUGUUUCCCCAUCCCAGUCUGCCGCCGUCGUCUCCAUUCUAUCCGCUGGUACUUUCUUCGGCGCACUCACUGCAGCUCCUCUUGCGGACUUCUUUGGUCGACGUCUUGCGCUGUUGAUAUCUGCUGGUAUUGUCUUUAAUUUUGGUGUUGUUUUACAAACAGCUUCUACUGCAUUGCCAAUGUUCAUUGCUGGUCGUUUCUUUGCUGGUUUUGGAGUUGGUCUCAUCUCUGCUUUGAUUCCACUUUAUCAAUCUGAGACAGCGCCUAAAUGGAUUCGUGGUGUCAUUGUUGGAUGUUACCAAUUAGCUAUUACAAUCGGUCUUCUUCUUGCAGCUGUUGUUGAUAACGCGACACAACACCGAAGUGAUACUGGAUCAUACAGAAUUCCCAUUGCUAUUCAAUUCCUUUGGGCUAUCAUCUUGGUCGUCGGAUUAUUGUUCUUGCCUGAAACCCCUCGCUACUUGAUCAAGCGCGGCAAUUAUGCAAAAGCCGCCGAAUCACUCGCUAAGCUCCGUCGCCUACCCCACGAUGAUCCAUAUAUCCGUGAAGAACUCGCUGAGAUUCAAGCAAAUCAUGAAUAUGAACUCAAACUCGGCAAAGCUUCUUAUCUUGAUUGUUUCAGAGGUGGUAUGGCUAAGAGACUUGCAACUGGAUGUCUUCUCCAAGCUUUGCAACAACUUACUGGUGUUAACUUCAUCUUUUACUACGGUACUCAAUACUUCAAGAACUCUGGAAUCAGCAAUGCCUUUGUCAUCCAAAUGAUUACCAGUGCCGUCAACGUAUCAUCUACCCUUCCCGGCUUAUACGGUAUUGAAAAAUUUGGUCGUCGUCCACUUCUCUUAUGGGGAGCCGUAGGAAUGUGUAUCAGUCAACUCCUCGUGGCCGUCUUGGGUACCGUGACCACUGGACAAAAUGCCGAUGGAUCCGUAUUUGCCAUAAACGUUGCUGGACAAAAGGCUUCCAUCGCAUUCAUUUGCAUCUACAUUUUCUUCUUUGCAUCCACCUGGGGCCCUCUCGCAUGGGUUGUCUGCGGCGAGAUCUUCCCUCUCAAAGUCCGCGCCAAGGCUCUCUCCAUGUCGGUCGCCACCAACUGGCUUCUCAACUGGGCCAUUGCCUAUUCCACCCCCUAUCUAGUCAACUACGGAGAAGGCAACGCCAAUCUCCAAUCCAAGAUCUUUUUCAUCUGGUUCGCCUGCUGCUUUGUAUGUAUCGCCUUUGUGUACUUCAUGAUUUAUGAAACCAAGGGCUUAUCACUGGAGCAAAUUGAUGAAUUGUAUGAGAGCAAGACUAGCGCUAAGAAUUCCGUUCAUUGGAAACCUAGCAAACAUUUUGUUGAUUUGAUCGAUGGUCAUGAACGUAAACAUGACAUUGGUCAUGAGAAUGGAGGGGUUUUGGCGGAUGAGAAAAAUGAGCAUAGUGCUCAGCAUACAGGAUUGGGUCAUGAUAAUGCGGUUGCGACGGGUCAUGAGUAG